AUGAGUGCCAGCAGGCGUACCAGCACUAUGGAGCAUCGUCUUCAUCAGUCCAUCCACCCCAUGUCAUCCUUUGGGGCAGAGACAACGCCUCUUGCAUCGUCAAGUGGGCCGCGGCAUUGGUCAACCUCAUCCAUCUCGACCAAAUUCACCCAAUCCCUGUCGUGGGCUGGAAAAGGGCUGCGGGUUCGUCACCACGUGUUCGGUUGCCUCCUCCAUCAUGUUGAUAAUUCAUCAUCGCCAUUCCAGGAUCCUGACGUUGUGUUGUCACUGCUCAUCAUAACAAAGCAAGGGACAACGAGGUCUGGCUCCAUCGUUCGACUCCAUUGCCUGCCCCAGGCCAAAGAACAACUUUACUACCCAUCAACUAACCACCCCCCCCCCCCCUUGGCGUGA